AUUUUAUGCAAUUAGAAGCUCCAUAAGUUUUUGAAUUUGGUUGUUACAAAAAGGGAUAAAAGGGCACAAAACAGUAUAAAGGAAUAUUAAAUAACAAUUUACUAGAUCUCUACAAAGUAUUACGUUAAUUUAAUUGAUUUAAGGAGAACGCCAAGGUUCCGAAAUAUAUGUUACCUAUUUAAUUGUAAACUCACAUCAAAUGGGAGGUAGAGGAAGAGAGUGUUAAUGGGAAGAAGCAUUACAAAAUUGUGUCAUUCAAGUUUUAAUAAGUAAAUUGUGGCAUUUAUUAUAAGAUUAAAUAAAUAAGAGACUCUUAAAUUGCUAAGGUUACUUGUUUUUAUGGAGAUGAUGCCACCCUUACUAAAUUAAAAGAACAUUUGAGAAAUAAAAUAAUCUUCCAAAGAAUUUAAGAUUUUUACACACCCCUCUAAACGUUAGGAAAAGGAGCUUCUUCAAGAGUAUUAUUGGUGAGACACAAAAAUUCAGAACUCUAUUACGCUGCAAAAUGUGUUGAUAAGUCAUAUGUAAACGAAACAGAAAAUGGCAUUGUAAUUAGCAUUUAUUAAUUUAAGGAAUCGAUGUUUCAGGAGAUUUCUAUUAAUAAUGAUUUGGAUCAUCCCUCAUUCAUCAAAUUACAUGCAGUUUAUGAAGGCGACAACACAUUCUAUAUGGUAAUGGAUUUGUUGGAGGGAAAGAGUUUGCAUGAUGAAUUAAAUAACCAUAAAAAUGGAUUUCCUGAAGAGAUAGUGCGUAAUGUGAUGUGGGUAGCAUUAAUUUAAAAUUUAAAUUUAGUAAAUUCUGACUGGAAUUGAAUAUAUGCAUAAGAAAAACAUAAUGCAUCGCGAUCUUAAACCAGAGAACAUUAUGUUAUAAAAAAAAUCUGAUUUGAAUUCUUUGAAAAUAGUAGAUUUUGGUUUGGCAACCUAUUGCAAUAUUGAAAAGUAAUCAAUCGGUAAUAUAAUGCAAGAUAUUUAUUUCCAAAAUGUGGUACUCCUGGCUAUGUUGCCCCUGAGAUUGCAAAUUUAAUUGAUAAAUCAGAAAAGUAUGACAAAGUAUGCGAUGUCUUCAGUGCUGGAGUUAUUUUCUUUAAAUUGUACUUCAUUCUAAUAUGAGCUUAUAGUUUGACUGGCAAAGAUCUCUUUCCAGGAGUAGGAUUUAAUUUAGUUUUAAAAUUAAAUAAAUAAUGCAAAAUUGAUUUAACUCCGUUGUAAAUGAAGAAAAUAGAUCCUACUAUCAUUAAUUUAAUUCAAAGAAUGCUUGAGAAAGAUCCUACCAAAAGAAUAUCAGCCAGUGCGUGUUUAUAGGAACCUUUUUUUGAAAAAAGUCACACCUAAGAAACCAAACUUUAACAAACUUCUUCUCAAAAAAAAUAAUUUUUUUCUUCUGGAGGAAAGAAUUUCUAAACUUAAGAAUUUUAAAGUGAUUCGCCUUCGUUACAAAAUAACAAGUAAAUUGAAAAAGGAUCUUUUGUCACCUAAGAUAGUGCAUUCAAAGGAUUCAAAGAACCUCAACAUGGUAAAGUAAUGUAAAAAUUUAAUACUACUGAAUUUGAUCAUGUGGAUCUUAGUGGAAGUCCUAAUGAAAAAAAAAAUAGUAAAUUUGGAAACACAGAUAAAAUUGACGAGGAAGAUGAAAAAUGAC